AUGCUUGCUCUUCAAUAUGGACAAUUCGGAAAUCAGUUAGGACAUGCAUUAUUUUCAAAACUGUCUGCUGAUAUGGAUGCUGAGAAAACUGGAGUGCCAUAUAAUGUUAAUUAUAAUUAUAUUGAAGAGGUAUUUGAUAAAUGGUUUUCUGGUUUAACCAAAGAUGGAAAACGAUUAGCGAGAGCAAUUCUUGUGGAUACGGAGGAAAAAGUUAUAAAUAAAAUAACUGAUAAUAAAUAUGAGAGCUGGACAUAUUGUACUAACAAUGCAUUUUAUCAAGCCGCUGGGGGCUCUGGUAAUAAUUGGGCAUAUGGGUAUAUGGAAAAAGGGAUUAGAUUUUAUGAAUUAGUAUCAGAUACUAUUCAAUGUGAGAUCGAGAAAGUAGACCAUUUGGAUGGUUUUCUUUUUCUUCUUAGUUCAGCUGGUGGAACAGGUUCAGGAAUUGGAAGUCAUAUCAUAGAAUUAUUACGAGAAGAAUACAAAAACAAAUCAUUUGUUAGCACAAUCAUAUUACCAUUCCUAUUUGGUGAAAUGAGUACACAGAAUUAUAAUACCUUGUUAACUUUGGUCAAAUUUUUAGACAAUGCAGAUGCAGUUUUUUUAUUUGAGAAUGAAGAUAUUCAUCUUAUGCUUAAAAAUUUGUUAAAUGUAGAUGUUAAAUUAGAAGAUAUUAAUGAUAUAAUAUCUAAAAAUUUAAGCAUAGCUUUUCAACCCAUAAGUAAUAUGCAAAAUAAUUUACAUUCGUUAAUGGCCAAAUUAGUUGUAGAACCAUGUUAUAAAUUUGCAACUAUUAAAUCUGUUCCAUUUUUGUCUAUAUUUCCUGAGUAUAAUACAACCAAUACAUGGCAGUCAUAUUUGUACCAAUUGAAACGAAUGCUCAAAAUAUAUUCUACCACCUGUAAUAUAAAAUGUAAAAAAACAAAAAAAUUAUCUCGUGCAUCAUGUUCUACAUCAUCUUCAUUGUAUAGUCAUUCAAUAUCAAAUAUUUUGAUUACUCGUGGAAGUUGUGCACAUAAAGACAUACAAACAGAUGAGUUACAAGAGAAAUAUUUAUAUGCAGACUGGAUUACAACUGAUCCAUUUACGCAUUUGCACCAACAACGACAUAUUCUAAAUCAUGACAAAGCCUUAGCUUUACUUUCAAAUAAUUCUAAUAUUUAUCAUCCAAUUAAUGAAGUACUAGAUAAAGCUUGGAAUUCUUAUAUACAUUCAGCCUUUUUACAUCAUUAUAAAAAAUUUGGUUUAGAAGACGAUGAUUUUUUGAGAACGUUUGUAAAAAUUGAAAAUGUAUUAAAAGAUUACAAGGAAUUAGAUAGAAAAUAG